CACCCACCCCUCGGUCAGGAAAUGUGAGCGGGGCUGAUGGAAGCUGAUAGGCAGGGCUGGAGUGUUAGCACCAGUACUGAAUGUGACAGCAGGCAAAGGAGCACUUAGCAGCUUAUUCAGUGUCCGAUUCAGAUCCCGGCAAGGAUCCAACCAUGGAAUGCUGCCGUCGGGCAACUCCUGGCACACCGCUCUUCUUUCUGACUUUCCUGCUCCUGAGCUCCAGGACAGCUCGCUCAGAGGAGGAGCGGGACGGCCUGUGGGAUGCGUGGGGCACCUGGAGCGAGUGUUCACGCACCUGCGGUGGAGGGGCUUCCUACUCACUGAGACGCUGCCUCAGCAACAAGAGCUGUGAGGGAAGAAAUAUCAGAUAUAGAACAUGCAGUAAUGUGGACUGUCCACCGGAAGCAGGUGAUUUCCGAGCUCAACAAUGCUCAGCUCAUAAUGAUGUCAAGCACCAUGGUCAGUUUUACGAGUGGCUUCCUGUGUCCAACGACCCUGACAACCCAUGCUCUCUCAAGUGUCAGGCCAAAGGAACAUCCCUGAUUGUCGAGCUUGCACCAAAGGUCUUAGAUGGGACUCGCUGCUACACAGAAUCUUUGGAUAUGUGUAUCAGCGGAUUAUGCCAAAUUGUUGGCUGCGAUCAUCAGCUGGGAAGCACUGUCAAGGAAGAUAACUGUGGAGUCUGCAAUGGAGACGGGUCCACCUGCCGGCUGGUCCGAGGGCAGUAUAAGGCCCAGCUCUCUGCAACAAAAUUGGAUGACACCGUGGUUGCUAUUCCUUAUGGAAGUAGACAUAUCCGCCUGGUCUUGAAAGGACCCGAUCACUUAUCUCUGGAAACCAAAACUCUCCAGGGGGCAAAAGGAGAAAACAGCCUGAGCUCCACAGGUACCUUCCUUGUGGACAAUUCUAGUGUGGACUUCCAGAAAUUUCCAGACAAAGAGAUACUAAGAAUGACGGGACCACUCACUGCAGAUUUCAUUGUCAAGAUCCACAACUUGGAACCCGCUGACAGUACAGUCCAGUUUAUCUUCUAUCAGCCUAUCAUUCACCGAUGGCGGGAGACGGAUUUCUUUCCUUGCUCAGCAACCUGUGGAGGAGGUUAUCAGCUGACGUCGGCAGAGUGUUAUGACCUCCGGAGCAACCGUGUGGUUGCUGAUCAGUACUGCCACUAUUACCCAGAGAACAUCAAACCCAAGCCCAAGCUUCAGGAGUGCAACCUGGAUCCUUGUCCAGCCAGUGACGGAUACAAGCAGAUCAUGCCUUAUGACCUCUACCAUCCCCUUCCUCGGUGGGAGGCCACCCCGUGGACCGCGUGCUCCUCCUCCUGUGGGGGGGGCAUCCAGAGCCGGGCAGUUUCCUGUGUGGAGGAGGACAUCCAGGGGCAUGUCACCUCAGUGGAAGAGUGGAAAUGCAUGUACACCCCUAAGAUGCCCAUCGUGCAGCCCUGCAACAUUUUUGACUGCCCUAAAUGGCUGGCACAGGAGUGGUCUCCGUGCACUGUGACGUGUGGCCAGGGCCUCAGGUACAGAGUGGUCCUCUGCAUUGACCAUCGAGGGAUGCACACAGGAGGCUGUAGCCCGAAAACCAAGCCCCACAUAAAAGAGGAAUGCAUCAUACCCACCCCCUGCUAUAAACCCAAAGAGAAACUUCCAGUGGAAGCUAAGCUGCCAUGGUACAAACAAGCGCAAGAGCUUGAAGAGGGAGCAGCUGUGUCAGAAGAACCCUCGUUCAUCCCAGAGGCGUGGUCGCCCUGCACGGUGACCUGUGGUGUGGGGACCCAGGUGAGAACGGUCAGGUGCCAGGUGCUCCUGGCAUUCUCCCAGUCUGUGGCUGACCUGCCUGUGGACGAAUGUGAAGGGCCCAAGCCCGCAUCCCAGCGUGCCUGUUAUGCAGGACCCUGCAACGGGGACACCCCUGAGUUUAACCCAGAAGAAACUGAUGGACUCUACGGUGGCCUGCAGGAUUUUGAUGAGCUGUAUGACUGGGAGUAUGAGGGCUUCACCAAGUGCUCCGAGUCAUGUGGAGGAGGUGUCCAGGAGGCUGUGGUGAGCUGCCUGAACAAACAGACACGGGAGCCUGCUGAUGAGAACCUGUGCGUGACCAGCCGCCGGCCCCCACAGCUCCUCAAGUCCUGCAGUUUGGACCCAUGCCCAGCCAGGUGGGAAAUAGGCAAGUGGAGUCCAUGCAGUCUCACCUGUGGGGUUGGCUUGCAGACCAGAGAUGUCUUCUGCUCCCACCUACUCUCCAGGGAAAUGAAUGAAACCGUAAUCCUGGCUGAUGAGCUGUGUCGCCAGCCCAAGCCCAGUACAGUGCAAGCUUGUAACCGCUUCAACUGCCCCCCAGCCUGGUACCCUGCACAGUGGCAGCCGUGCUCCAGGACUUGUGGAGGGGGCAUCCAGAAGCGUGAAGUUUUUUGCAAACAGCGCAUGGCUGAUGGCAGCUUCUUGGAGCUUCCUGAGACCUUCUGCUCAGCCCCAAAGUUGACCUCCCAGCAAGCCUGCAGGAAAGAUGACUGUCCCAGCGAGUGGCUGCUGUCUGACUGGACAGAGUGUUCCACAAGCUGUGGGGAGGGCACCCAGACUCGAAGUGCUAUUUGCCAGAAGGUGCUGAAAACCGGCGUCACGACGACUAUCAAUUCCUCCCUGUGCCCUCCUCUGCCGUUCUCAUCAUCCAUCAGGCCUUGUAUGCUGGCAACCUGUGCAAGGCCUGGCCGGCCAGCCACAAAGCACAGCCCCCAUAUUGCCGCAGAAAGGAAGAUUUACAUCCAGACGCGCAGGCAGCGGAAGCUGCACUUUGUCGUGGGGGGAUUCGCCUACCUGCUCCCCAAGACUGUGGUGGUGCUACGGUGUCCCGCGCGGCGCUUCCGCAAGCCCCUCAUCACCUGGGAAAAAGAUGGCCAGCACCUCAUCAGCUCCGCCCAUGUCACUGUGGCUCCCUUUGGUUACCUGAAGAUCCAUCGCCUCAAGCCUUCUGACGCAGGCGUCUAUACCUGUUCUGCGGGGCCAGCCCGGGAGCAAUUCGUGAUCAAGCUCAUUGGAGGCAACCGUAAGCUGGUGGCCCGGCCCCUGAGCCUGAGGAGCGAGGACGAGGCCCUCUGGGUUCGGAAGAUAAACCCAAAGGAGGCCCUGCAGACCCACAAGCACCAGAACGGAAUCUUUUCCAAUGGCAGCAAGGCUGAGAAGCGGGGUCUUGCUGCCGACACUGGGAGCCGCUACGAUGACCUUGUGUCGAGGCUGCUGGAGCAGGGAGGCUGGCCAGGAGAGCUCCUGGUCUCGUGGGACGCCCAGGACUCCACGGAAAAGAACACAUCCUCAGAGGAGGACCAACACGCCGAGCAGGCCCUUCUGCACCUGCCCUUCACCAUGGUGACCGAGCAGAAGCGUCUUGACGACAUCCUUAGAAACCUCUCCCAGCAGCCCGAGGAGCUUCGUGACAUCUACAGCAAGCACCUGGUGGCCCAGCUGGCGCAGGAGAUCUUCCGCAGCCAUCUGGAGCACCAGGACAUGCUCCUUAAGCCUUCUGAGCGGCGGAUUCCCCUUGUGGCCAUCCCUCCUCAUAAACACGUGUCUGGCUUCAGCAGCUCGCUGCGGACCUCGUCGUCUGGGGAGGCUGGGGGCGGCUCUCGCCGGCCUCACCGCAAACCCACCAUCUUGCGGAAGAUCUCUGCUGCCCAGCAGCUUUCUGCCUCCGAGGUAGUCACCCACCUGGGACAGACUGUGGCCCUGGCCAGCAGGACCCUGAGUGUUCUUCUGCACUGUGAGGCCAUAGGCAACCCAAGACCUACCAUCAGCUGGGCCAGGAACGGAGAAGAGGUUCAAUUCACUGACAGGAUUCUUCUACAGCCAGAUGAUUCCUUACAGAUCCUGGCACCAGUGGAAGCUGAUGUGGGUUUCUACACUUGUAAUGCCACAAAUGCCUUGGGAUAUGACUCUGUCUCCAUUGCCGUCACAUUAGCAGGGAAGCCGCUCGUGAAAGCAUCGCGCAUGACCGUGACCAACACAGCAGAGCCUGCCAUCACUGCCGACGUGGGCGGUAUCAUCAAAACAGUGCGGGGAGUGAAUGUCACCAUUAACUGCCAAGUGGCCGGUGUACCUGAAGCUGAAGUGACUUGGUUCAGGAAUAAAAGCAGAUUGGGCUCCUCUCACCAUCUGCACGAGGGCUCCUUGCUGCUCACAGAGGUGUCCUCGGAGGAUCAGGGCCUAUACUCCUGCCGAGCAGCCAACCUGCAUGGGGAGCUGACUGAGAACACCCAGCUGCUGGUCCUAGAUCCUCCUCAAGUCCCCACACAGUUGGAAGACAUCAGGGCCUUGCUUUCAGCCACUGGACCAAACUUUCCAUCGGUGCUGAUGUCUCCUCUGGGAACACAGCUGGUCCUGGAUCCUGGGAAUUCCGCUCUCCUUGGCUGCGCCGUCAAAGGCCACCCUACCCCCAAUAUCACCUGGUUCCAUGGUGGCCAACCAGUUGCCACUGUCACUGGACUGACAUAUCACAUCUUGGCAGCCGGACAAAUUCUCCAGGUCGCAAAUCUUAGUGGCGGGUCCCAAGGGGAAUUCAGCUGCCUUGCUCAGAAUGAGGCAGGAACACUUGUGCAGAAGGCUUCUUUAGUGAUCCAAGAUUACUGGUGGUCUGUGGACAGACUGGCAACCUGCUCGGCCUCCUGUGGCAACAGGGGUGUUCAACAGCCCCGCCUCAGGUGUCUGCUGAAUAGCACUGAGGUCAGCCCAGAUCACUGUGCAGGGAAGGUGCGUCCCGCUGUGCAGCCCCUGGCCUGCAACCGGAGAGACUGCCCUUCAAGGUGGAUGGUGACCUCCUGGUCCGCCUGUACCCGGAGCUGUGGGGGAGGUGUCCAGACCCGCCGGGUGACCUGCCAGAAGCUGAAAGCCUCUGGGAUCUCCACCCCUGUGUCCAAUGACAUGUGCAGCCAGCUCGCCAAACGGCCAGUGGACACCCAAGCCUGUAACCAACAGCUCUGUGUGGAGUGGGCCUUCUCCAGCUGGGGCCAGUGCAAUGGACCAUGCAUCGGCCCUCGCCUUGCUGUGCAGCACAGGCAAGUUUUCUGCCAGACACGGGAUGGCAUCACCUUACCGUCAGAGCAGUGCAGUGCCCUGCCAAGGCCUGUGAGCACACAGAACUGCUGGUCAGAGGCCUGCAGCGUCCACUGGAGGGUGAGUCUGUGGACCCUGUGUACAGCGACCUGUGGCAACUAUGGCUUCCAGUCGCGGCGCGUGGAAUGCGUGCACAUCCGCACCAACAAGGCCGUGCCUGAGCACCUGUGCUCCUGGGGACCCCGGCCCGCGAACUGGCAGCGCUGCAACAUCACUCCAUGCGAAAACAUGGAGUGCAGAGACACCACCAGGUACUGCGAGAAGGUCAAACAGCUGAAACUCUGCCAACUCAGCCAGUUCAAAUCUCGCUGCUGUGGAACUUGUGGCAAAGCGUGAAGACAGGGCACAGGGAAGAGCUCUGUCCUGGCCACACAAAGGACUCACGCAACCACCUUGGACAGAACUUAAGCUUUCUUUGUUUUAUUUAUUUAUUUCCCCCUCCCACUCACCCCCAAGAUACACCUUCAUCCCACCCCUUACGUCCCCUCCCCCAGUCUUGAGGACCUCAGCAUAUCUCUUUCAGUUAGCUGGAGGACACAAUGCUGGGAAAGGACAUGGACAGAGGUCUAAAGGAGGUUGCAGAGCAGUUUGAGUCAGAGGACAGAGCGGGCUCCCUCCAAAACCUGGGUCCUGAACAGACCUAGGACGAGGCUAUCACAGCCCUCAGGAUAGGAGGGAGCCAGCGCCAAUAGCAGGUGAGAGAAAGGAGGGCAGGGGUGCCUGGGGACUGUAAAGCAUCGAUGCAGACUUAGGCCAGCAUGUGCCUCCUCCUCUGCCCCUCAGUGUGGAAGGGCCACACUGAGAAGCUCAAGCAGAGGCACAACUCGCUCUUCUGGGGGCAGGCAAAGGACAAGGACACAAAGCUAACAAGUAGGGAUAAAGGAGACAACAUCCCAGUAAGCCCGAAGUGCGCACUGGUACAGAAAACAAGAGGAGGAAGGAAGGAGACAGAAGCAAAAAGCAAGCUUUGUGUGCUCCUCGGUGGGGAGUGUAGCUGAGCCCCGAUGCCCUGAGGGAGGUGUCGGCGCUGCAGGUAGUAGACGUACCCCACAUAUGGUCAGUGAACUGGACACACCGCAGAGGCAGUGGGGCCUGACCACCUCUGGCUUCUUGAAACUAAGAGUCCUUGGUCUGGAACUAAUACUGAUGUGGGCCAGUAUAGUAUAAAUACCUGAGUGAUCCGUCGGUAUGACCUGUGUUGUACCACUUCGGGACAUGGAACCAGGGUUACUUUGUGAAAAACAGUGUAUCGGUUUGCUGCCAUCCAGCCAUAGCGACCAUCGCGUUCCAGGACUUGGAGAGCAAUAGCAGGCAGGGCCUCCUGCAAUACAGUGAGCACUGCCCUCCCGUUUAUACAGCAGACUGAGGUACACACAGGGUGUGGUGGCAAGGCCAAAGGAUAACUAAAGCUGCCAUGACAGUCCUCCAAAGUUUUUCAGCCCACUCCUUGUACACAAUGAAACGCUAUACUAUUCUAGGAAUAUACACCGGUGUCGGCAAGUUACUAAUUCAGUGCAGUGGCUUGGCGGGAGUGAGGUGGGCCUCCUCCCACCGUGUGGCCAUGUGUAGUGCUGGGUUAGCAGGGCGGGGCAGCCAGCCAGUACCCCUCAGAUAAACAAAUGUCCCCCUCACAAAUCCUCAUUAAAUGCCACUUACCCAGUGCGACCAGUGACAUUUUUCAGCCAACCUGAAAGUAAAAUGGGGGGAGAGAGACAAUAUUUAGCUGUGUCGUCCUCAGGUGAGCUAUGAUGACUAAGGGCGGGGGUGGGGUGU